CUCUUUAUUUUGCUGGGAUUUUAGUCAAUUAGGGUUUCUGUCCUCACAACAAAUACAAUGACGUGCGGUUUGGGGAUAUUGGAGUCACUGAGUGAUGAUUCCAUAGCACAAAUAUCUGAAAACUGGAACGCCUUUUGCUCCACUUCAGAAUCUCUUCUCAAAGGCAAUGGUGACUUGUCAUUCAGCUCCGAAUUUGUAAAGACAGCUAAGAAUCUCUCCAAACACGGCCUUGCGUCUCUAGUUGAACAACACUUCCUUCGCUCCAUCCAGGAAACUUUCGAAAGAAAUGGAGCAAGAAGGUUCUGGAGUUAUUUUGUACCUUACAGCAGCGUUGCACCAUUUGAAACUAAUAAGGAUCCAAUUCUAGAAGAAGAGAUUCAGCAAGUUAUAUGUAAAGCUUUGGGAGAGAUAUCAUCGGAAAAACAGUACCAGGAGAAGUGCCUAUUAUUGUUGGUUCAUGCUUUACAGUCCUAUGAAGAAAACAAGGCGCAAGGACAAGCGAACCCAGAUUCUACUCGAGUUUAUCUUUUCUCAAAAUAUCAACUAAUUGUGUCUUCAGUUCUUUUGGCUAGCCUUCCUCGCCAUUUUCCUGGCAUACUACAGUGGUACUUCAAAGGAAGACUGGAAGAGCUGAGUACAAUUGCCGCUGCGAAUCCUGAGGAUGAAGAUGAGUUAGACAUGGAUGAUAAAAUGGAUUUAGAUGAGAAAAGAAAACUACCCUACAAAUGUGGUAAUAUGGAUAGUGAUAUAAACCAUAAAUAUGCAUUAUUUUCAGAUAACAAUAAGUUGGUGAAGAACAUUGGAAUGGUUGUUCGUGAUCUGAGAAAUAUUGGCUUUACGUCUAUGGCGGAAGAUGCAUAUGCUUCUGCUAUAUUCUUUCUUCUAAAGGACAAAGUACAUGAUUUGGCUGGUGAUGACUAUAGGAGCUCUGUUUUGAAGUCCAUCAAAGCAUGGAUACAGGCUGUGCCCCUUCAGUUCCUGCGAGCACUUCUUGAUUACCUUGGUGAUUUUACUAGCUGCGAUGGCCCUUCCUCUGGCCUGAAAUCGCCCCUGGCAUCCCACCCCUCCUUGUGCUAUUCUGGAACUGGAGUUCCAUCUGAGGGUCUUGUUAGAUGGCAAUUGCGCUUAGAGUAUUAUGCUUAUGAAACCUUGCAGGAUCUCAGAAUAGCCAAACUUUUUGAAAUCAUUGUGGACUACCCGGACAGUUCUCCUGCUAUUGAAGACUUGAAACAAUGUCUUGAGUACACUGGGCAGCAUUCAAAGCUGGUAGAUUCUUUUAUCUCUUCACUGAGAUAUAGAUUACUAACAGCGGGUGCCUCAACCAAUGACAUAUUGCACCAAUAUGUUUCAACAAUCAAAGCACUUCGAACUAUAGAUCCUGCAGGUGUUUUUCUUGAAGCUGUUGGUGAGCCAAUAAGGGAAUACCUGAGGGGGAGAAAAGAUACAAUUAAAUGCAUUGUGACCAUGCUUACUGAUGGAACUGGUGGAAAUCCCAAUGGACCAGGCAGUUCUGGGGAUAGCCUGCUGGAAGAAUUGAAUAGAGAUGAAGAGAGUCAAGAGAGCACUAUUGUUGAUGAUGAUAUUAACUCUGACGACAAGCAAGCAUGGAUUAAUGCACAAAACUGGGAGCCUGACCCUAUAGAGGCUGACCCAUCAAAGGGAAGCAGAUACCGAAGGAAGGUUGACAUACUUGGCAUGAUAGUUGGCAUAAUUGGUUCCAAAGAUCAGCUGGUUAAUGAAUAUCGUGUAAUGCUGGCUGAAAAGCUUUUGAACAAAUCUGAUUAUGACAUAGAUGCAGAAAUACGUACUCUAGAGCUUCUCAAGAUUCAUUUUGGAGAAAGCAGCAUGCAGAAAUGUGAAAUAAUGCUUAAUGAUUUGAUUGACUCCAAGAGGACAAAUACAAAUAUAAAAGCAACUAUCAAGCAUCAACCACAGCCAGAGCAAACAGACCUCAAUGUUUCUCUAGACAAUCUUAAUGCUACCAUCAUAUCUUCAAAUUUCUGGCCUCCUAUUCAGGAUGAGGCAGUCAACUUACCAGAGCCUGUGGAGCAGCUCCUGACUGAUUAUGCUAAAAGGUAUACUGAAAUCAAGACACCACGUAAGCUAGUGUGGAAGAAAAACCUGGGCAGCGUAAAGUUGGAGCUCCAAUUUGAAGAUAGAGCAAUGCAGUUCAAUGUAACUCCUUUGCAUGCUUCAAUUAUUAUGCAGUUUCAAGAUCAGAAAAGGUGGACAUCUAAGAAUCUUGCAGCUGCAGUUGGAGUACCUGUUGAUGUGUUGAAUAGGAGAAUAAAUUUUUGGAUAAGCAAGGGAGUUCUGGUAGAGUCAAUGGGGGCAGACUCUGCUGAUCAUGCUUUUACUCUGGUGGAAACCAUGAAUGAUACAGGUAAAAGUGGUACUAUUGAUGGAGGCUGUGAGGAGCUAUUGGCAGGUGAUGACGAUGGUGAACGGUCUGUGGCCUCUGUUGAAGAUCAAUUGCGCAAAGAGAUGACUAUUUAUGAGAAAUUUAUCACUGGGAUGCUUACCAAUUUCGGCAGUAUGGCUUUGGACCGUAUUCAUAAUACUCUCAAGAUGUUUUGCAUUGCUGAUCCUACUUAUGACAAAUCACUGCAACAACUGCAAAGCUUCUUAUCUGGUUUAGUUGCUGAGGAGAAGUUGGAAUUAAGAGAUGGAAUGUACUUUCUGAGAAAGUGAUCAAUUCCGUCUACAUUUUCUUGGUGGCAUGAAUCUUAUUGCCACUCUUCUCAGACUGAUGAAAUGCAAUAACGAGCGGUUAAGAAAGAAGUAACAACAUUUGGCUACAGAGAGAUCUCUUUUUCUCCUCUUUUCAAGUGCAGAAAAUAUCUGUAAACUCCUUGCAGUCAAUCAUUUGUGUACUAUUUAAUCAAGCUGAGGGUAAGUGCAAAUUAAGAAGGUUCCUGCUGGUUGUAUGACUCGUGCUACUAUAUGCAUAAGGAAGAGCAUUAGUAAUAUUUAUUAGCAGAUCCUCCACUCGACACAGAGAUAAAGAGACAAAGCCAGCCAAGAGAAGAUGUCGGAUCUGGUGCUCUUUAGCUAGUUUCCUAGUCAGUUUAGUUGACAGUAUACUUAUUUGCUGUAUAUGAUGUAAACUGAGUAGAUUGCACAUGUGCUUUCAAAAGAAAGGGAGUGCCAUUGUUUAUUUGCUGUACAUGAUGUAAACUGAGUACAUUGGCCUUUUGAUUUCAAAUGAAAGGGAUCACCAUUGUUAUCCAAAACAA